AUGACCAAGCAAAGGCCUAUCCGCCGCAUCAAGUUCGGCGUUCUUGUGCCCUCCUCCAACACAGUGCUGGAACCGCUCACGCAACAGAUCGUCUCUCAACUGCACGAUGUCUCAGUUCAUUUCUCGCGCUUUCGAGUACUCAAGAUCGCCCUCGACCCCGCUGCCCUGGCCCAGUUCGACAACAGUGCCAUCAUCGAAGCCGCCCACCUACUCGCCGACGCCAAAGUCGACGUGAUCGGCUGGAGCGGGACGUCGGCAGGAUGGCUCGGCUUCGACGCAGACGCGAAGCUGUGUGACGAGAUCACGGCCGCGACCGGCAUCCCCGCCACGACAUCGGUGUUGGGACUCAACCGACUGAUCAGGACUCUCGAAAUUACGCAGAUGGGCCUGCUGACGCCGUAUACCGACGACGUGCAAUUGGCCAUCAUGGAGAACUACCGCGCGUUUGGCGUGGACUGCUCCGUCGAACAUCAUCUGGGGCAAUCCGAUAACGCGGGAUUCGCAGACAUCUCCGAGGAGACGCUGGAUGAUGGGUUCCGGCAGUUAGCACGACGAGGGGCGCGUGUUGUCUCCGUGUUUUGCACAGGGCUCAGGGCCGCGCACUUGGUGGACAGGUGGGAGGCCCAGAGCGGGAUCACUGUCUUGGACACCGUGGCCACGGUGCUGUGGGAUCUGUGUCGAAUCGGCGGGGUAGACACGAGAUCGAUCAAGGGAUGGGGAAUCUUGUUCCAACGUGGCAGUCAGAUGUGA